GGCGCUUUUCAAUUAGUGUCCAAUGUUUUAAAUACAGCCAUCUUCGUGCAGACCGACGAACUGAGUUUCUUCAUCAUCAUCACCGAGAAAUCUGUGUGGCGUUUUGCCGGAGAACUUAUAAUGGUUUCUAUCUUACUCAGAAGGUAUUAGACAUGGAUAGCGAAACCUAUGUGAAAGAGAAUCAAAGGAACUACGACAGGCUAAGCAAUCUACCUGAUUCCUUGCUAUGCAAGAUACUCUCUGACUUCUCCACCAAGGAAUCGGUUCGCACCAGCGUUUUAUCAAAACGUUGGAAAAACCUCUGGUUAAAUGUUCCAUCUCUGGACUUAGAUUCCAUAAAAUUCAGAGAUGAUGAUGAUGUCUUUUUCAGUUUCAUGGAUAGGUUCUUGGGUUCUGAAAAUGAGCAACACUUGGAGAGAUUCAAGCUGAUCUAUGAGGUGUGUGAGCAUGAUGCAUCUCGUUUCAAGUCUUGGAUCGAUGCUGUGGCUAGGCGUAGAGUUCGUCACCUUGAUGUUCAUAAUGAGAUAUGCGAUGAUGGGUUGGUUAAGAUGCCUCCAUCUAUAUAUUCGUGUGAGAGAUUGGUCAACUUAAAUCUCUACUGCGUUGUUUUGGAUCAUCCUGAAUCUGUAUCCUUGCCUUGUGUCAAGAUUCUGCAUCUAGAGAUCGUCAGGUACGAUGGUGAUUCGACUCUGGAGACUUUGAUAUCGAGCUGUCAUGUUCUCGAGGAGUUAACAAUAGUCCGUGAUGCUAAUGAUUCUCUGGUGGCUGUGCGUGUGCGUUCCCAGUCGCUAAAACGCUUCAAAAUAGAGUGUGAGCGUUACGAAAUUGACGGUCAUGCUGUUGAAAUUGAUGCUCCAAGACUUGAAUCUAUGAAUCUCAGUGAUCACAUGUCUGAGAAGAUCAUAAUACACAGUAUUGGUCCCUCUGCAACGGUAGAGAUUGAUGUUCUCUUUGGUGUGUUUUAUGCUGAGCCGUUGGGGCCAGAUGAUUCUUCCAAGAUUACUAUGCUCAGGGAAUUUCUCACCGGGUUAUCUACAGUCGGCGACAUCACCAUCUCUUUUGACACUCUAAAUAUUAUUCAUGAUUACUGUGAAAUGGAACAGCUACCUCAAUUCUCCAAGUUGUCUUACUUGGAAGCUUGCUUCGAAGGAACUUCGUGGGAGAUGUUGCCGACCUUGCUUGAGAGUUGCCCAAAUCUAUACUCUAUCAUUCUGGAUUUUGUAUGUCUUCCAGAAACGGAACAGGUUGAUCUUUCAUUAGUGCCCCAAUGUUUCCAAUCAUCUCUUGAGUAUGUUGAACUGAAGACAAUUGACGGUGUAGACAUGAGAAAGAAAGAGAGACCACCCAGGGGAGUUUCAAGUAAGAUGAAAAUAGCAAAAUACUUCCUAGAGAAUUGUGGAGCUCUCCAGGAACUGACUCUAAAGAGGUGUUUCUGUAACAUCAUCAACCAAAUCGAAUCGAUUCCAAGAAGCUCUACGGGGUGUGAAAUUUUCAUGGAUUAUUAGCUGAGCCACAGCUUUGUGUUUCUUACGGUAUUUGCUCUCGUUGUGCUAGCUUUCUUCAAAUUCACCCGUUUUGUUUCUUAAUUAUUUUCGUGAUGUACGUUUGUUUAUCUUUUCGUUUUUCAAGUUAGUGGAAGAUAUUAUUGAGUUGUCUC